AUGGGUCACUCACGCGGUCUCAGAUCCGGCACUCGGUAUGCCUUUGCCCGCGACUUCAAGAAACAUGGCACCAUUGCCCUGUCGACAUAUUUGAAGACAUACCGGGUCGGUGAUAUUGUUGAUAUCAAGGUCAACGGUGCUGUUCAGAAGGGUAUGCCCUUCAAGAUUUACCACGGCAAGACCGGAGUCGUUUAUAACGUCACCAAAUCCGCCGUCGGCGUCAUUAUCUACAAGCGCGUGGGCAACAGAUACAUGGAGAAGCGCGUAAACGUCCGCAUCGAACACGUCAUCCACUCCCGAUCCCGAGAAGAGUUCUUGAACCGAGUCAAGGAGAACGCGAUCAAGAAGCGCAAGGCCAAGGAGGAGGGUAUCCAUGUGCACUUGAAGAGACAACCCGUUGGCCCACGGGGAGCCCGAACGGUCAGCACUGAGAACAACUUCCCUGAGACCAUCACUCCUGUUCCAUAUGAGACGACUAUUUAA